AUGGAUACCGAAAGAUCAAAACUAGCGGAACACAUCGCACAGACUGGACACAAGAUCAAUUGGAAGGCAACAGAAAGAAGGGCCCCAUACGGUGACAACACAAAGAAGCGGAAGAUUAUGGAGCCCAUUGACAUGCUUGGGGAGAAUAAUCUAAUAAACAGGAUAGUGAAGGAACGUGGAGUUAGUGCUAACUUUUCCCACUGCUUAAGCAAACUCGGGCAAAGCAAGAAUACAGCAGUCCAGCAAAAAGGAUAUGUCUUAAUCAAGGGCCAUUCGUUGACCACACAAAAAGAGAUUGCGAGGAAGAAGGCGGUGGGGAAAUCUCGGAAAUCCAGCAAAGACGUUCUUAGUCAGCUUGGCAGUCAGGGCACUAGGGCGACGGAUAAGCAGAGCCAUCACAGAAAAUCGGCAUUAUUGCCAAAAUGCACUAGAAAUCCACUUGAGAUGCCGCAUGCGAGCAGAGAUAGGCGUCCACAGUUGGCUUAG